ACUACAUCCGCCCAGGACCAUUUUUACUUGAAAUAUAUACAAGACAAAUAUUUAUAGAUAUAAUUAGAAUUUCUAACUGCUGUUUAAAUUGUCGCAGGCCGUGAAUGAUGACGUAGUAAGGUCGGUGUUUUUCACCCGAAGGGCCUAAAUAAAAAUGGCGGAAAGACGUUUAACGGAGUACCAGUUAUACGUUGGUUAAACAACUAGAAACAAAUAACCCUGGAUUAGUAUUUAUCUAUCAUUUGAGGGUGAGUUAGUUUUCUGUCGGUCUUUUACGUUCCCAAAUACAUCGUUCUUCGUGUACACCGUGUGCUGAACGGAUGUACAGUCGGGGACAUUAGUUGGUAAAGGAACCAGUACAUUACGGACUUCCGUUGAGGACAUCUGUAACCAGCUGCAGUCAUCAUGUCAGACUAUCUGAAGAGAGCCUUCAGGGCCCAGCUGACCACGACCAUGGACUCGCUCAUGAGGAGAGUUGUCUUUGAAAUAAUGACAGUCUUUGAGAACAGCAUUCAUGACCAUCAGAUGGAGCUAGCGCAUAAAGGAGAAGAGGUUGUUCAACUCAAAAUAAAGUUACAGACAGCGGAGUUGAAGCUGAAAGAACGCGAGUGUGUACGUGAUGGGGCAGUGGAGAUGGAUAAGGCCUAUGUGAAUGAAACACAGAGACUGUCUGAAGCUAUCCAGAACACACCUGAUCAAACUUCAGAUGUUCCGGAGAUUGACGUUGAAGUACCUGAUGACUGGUGUGCUCCUCUGGGCUGUGAGACUGUGACGAAGAAAAACGAAGACGAGUGUCCUAGUGUAAGACUGCGCCCACUCUCAAUUCCUCUAUGGCACGUUCCAAUCAAGCAAGAGGUGGAUACUCCUGACACUGACUUCCACCAGGAAAUGAUGGGUCCCAGGAGGUCAGAGAGAGCUUCUCCAUCAAACAAGAAGCACAAUAAUACUCAGCAUCAAAGCUUAACAUUGUGUAAAAAGAAAGCUCAAAUUCAGUAUGUGAGAACUGACAAAAGAUUUCUUCAAGAGGUGAAAGCACAAUAUUCAGAUGGUUUGGGUCUCCGAAGAGGGAGAAUCUUUACAGGAAAUGAGCAAGAAAAAAUAGGGAAGACCAAAAGAGAAAAACGAAAAAUAGCAGACAUCAAACUUACAAAACUUGAAACAGAGAAACAGGAUGAUGACAAAAUGUACAACUGCAGGUUUUGCAAGAAAGUAUUUGAUACAGAAUUUGGCCUAACUGUGCAUGUUCGGUCACAUAAAACAUGCACAGGUUGCAAAAAAGAGUUCCCUUUUCCGAGUUCUCUCAAGGCUCACAAAUUGUUUUGCAAAAGAUUCAAGAAAUUAUUGGUAAAACGAGGACAACAUGCAAACGCUCAAGAGUCAGACUCUCACGAAGAAAAAAACGCUUCAUUAAGCAACAGUAUUAAGCAGGAAUCAACGGAUUCUAGCAAUUCAGUGCAGAAUGAUGCUUUCAGCAAAAUGCACAGUUGUACAUACUACAAAAAAAAGGUUACUAUGCGGCACAAACUCAAAAAGCCGAUGUCUCAUCAUACUGUUGAAAAACAUUUCAAAUGUAGCAGGUGCCCAAGGAAGUUCCACGUUAUGAAGGCGCUUCAAAUUCACAUGACAAGAAUGCACAAAGACCAACAACGAAAUCCUAGUGAGACAAAUAAAGACCCUGCAUGGACCAAGCCUUCAGAGGACACCGAAAUGAAGAACGGUUCCUCACAGGCAGGUUACAAUAAGGCUGUAUCCGUCUGUCAAAAGAAGCAUCCUCAUGUUGUCAAAAAAAAGCAUAUGUCCCAUACUCUUGAAAAACAUUUUAAAUGUAGCAGGUGCCCAAGGAAGUUCCAUGUUAUGAAGGCACUGCAAAUCCACAUGACUAGAAUGCACAAAGACCAACAACUGAAUCCCAGUGAGACGAAUGGAGACCAGUCAUGGACUAAGCCCUUAGAGGACACCGAAAUAAAGAGAGAUCCCUCUCAAGCAAAUGACAGUAAUCCUGUAUCUGACUGUCAAAAGAAGUUUCCUCUUGUUUGCGAAGACUGUGGAAAGGGCUUCUUCUAUCAAGGAAGGUUGGCGAACCACAUGCAGCGUGUUCACAUGUGAACCUGUGUACAGUUAACAUCACCUACCUGUGGACAUUACAACAAUAGCUGUGUUUUGUUGUUUUACUGUUUUAUAGAUAAAAAGUUACAUUGUUUGGUGUAACUUUUUAUCAAAUCCACAUGACGAGAAUCCACAAAGACCAACAACUGAAUCUCAGUGAGACGAAUGGAGACCAGUCAUGGACCAAGCCCUUAGAGGACACCGAAAUAAAGAGAGAUCCCUCUCAAGCAAAUGACAGUAAUCCUGUAUCUGACUGUCAAAAGAAGUUUCCUCUUGUUUGCGAAGACUGUGGAAAGGGCUUUUUCUAUCAAGGAAGGUUGGCGAACCACAUGCAGCGUGUUCACAUGUGAACCUGUGUACAGUUAACAUCACCUACCUGUGGACAUUACAACAAUAGCUGUGUUUUGUUGUUUUACUGUUUUAUAGAUAAAAAGUUACAUUGUUUGGUGUAGCUUUUUUUCUAUUUAUGGGCAAAACAAAAGCUUUCUUAUCUACUGAAAUGGAUUCUAUACUGUAUUAAAACGCUGGUCAUCAGAGUGUCAGCAAGAUGACAUUUUGGCAAUGAUAAUUCAUACAUAUGAUAACAUUUGUUUAAAUACAUGUAUCACUGGGUGAUAUGAGAAGAAAGAUUUUGAUAAUGACUGCUGCAGGUCAGUCACAUGUACUGUGUAUUUCUUAAAGAGCCACCAUCAGGUUUUUGUUCUUGUGUAUGAAUAGUUACAUGUUUUAAUGUUGUUUUUUCCCCAAAAAUCUAACUGUAACCAAAAUGGUACAUUUUAAGGUUUCUUGUAUAUUACAAAAUGACCCACUUUCAAACUUUUAUUUUGUUUUUUAUUGGUUGUAUUUUGUUGGUCUGCAUGCACAAAAUGUAAAAGAAAAAAUAUCUGUGGUCUUGAAAGAACUCCCCACCCCUUUAUUUUAAUUAAGUUAUAUCAACGAUUUUGUCUUUGUCAACAUGACUCCAUUAAAACUUAUCGUGAUUUUG